UUUCCCUCCAUUCCACCACAAACCCGCGGACCUCCGGCCUCGCCUCCGCGGCUCCGCGCCCCUUCCUCCUCCACGCCCUAACCCUAAGCUACCCCCCUCGUCGCCGGCGAUGAGCAGCCUCCGAGCCAUCUCCUCCCUCCUCUACAUCUAUUCCUCAUCCGCCGCCGCAGGGCGAGGCGCCUGGCAGCUGGGGUUCGCACCGGCGCUCGGCGGGAGCUUCCGGAUCCCGUCGAGUUCGGGGCCGCCCGCGUUCGUGCUCGAUGAGGUCGCGAGGGCGGCCGGCGGGGCGCGGAGGAGGGCAUCCACGCGCGCGGCAAGCUGGGAUUCGGAGAAGUCGCCGUACGAGACGCUUGAGUUGGGCAGGGAUGCAGACGAGGAGACCAUAAAGACAGCAUACAGAAAAUUGGCUAAGUUCUAUCACCCUGAUGUUUAUGAUGGCAAGGGAACCCUUGAGGAAGGGGAAACUGCUGAAGCCCGUUUCAUCAAAAUCCAAGCAGCAUAUGAGCUGUUGAUUGAUAAUGAAAGGAGAAAGGCAUAUGAUAGUGAGCAUCAUGUGAAUCCAAUGAAGGCUUCUCAGGCAUGGAUGGAGUGGGUAAUGAAGAAGCGAAAAGCUUUCGACCAACGUGGUGACAUGGCUGUGGCUGCCUGGGCUGAGCAGCAGCAACGCGAAAUGACACUACGGGCACGGCGUCUCUCACGCUCAAAGGUUGAUCCUGAAGAGGAAAGGAAGCUAUUUGCAAAGGAAAAGAAGACAUCUAUGGAAUUCUACAGCACAACUCUGAAGAGACAUACCCUUGUCUUGCGGAAGAGGGAUAUUAUGCGCAAGAAGGCGGAGGAAGACAGGAACAAGAUCAGUAGACUUCUAGCGGCGGAAGGGCUUGAGCUGGAUACAGAUGAAGAUGAAGACAAAACCUUUUUAGGGUAACACUUUUGAUACUUACCCCUGAUUUAUUGCUGUCCUCCAUUCCAUCAACAGUUGAAGAUCCAGUCACAAUGAUACACAAGGCAGAAGAAUUGGCCUCAUGGGAAACCCUAAAGCCUGGAGAUUUACAUGGAGAAAUGUUGUAUCAGAAUAUAACCCUCUCGGUGCGAAGUUUAGUAUUUACGUGGGGAAUAGUAACAUCCACCGGACGCUAGAGCUGUAGUAGGGCUGUACAAGCAAACUCUUGUAAAUGCAAACUAUCUUGAAAUGUAAACUUCAUGGGAUGGAUUGAAAUCAUCUGUUGAUGAGU